AGGGCCUCGGCCGCCCUCACGCUCGCCUCGCCGGCGCUCGCCGCUACGAGUAGGCCGCGGCUGGUGGCCGGCGGCGGCGGCGCGCGCGAGAAGAUGGCGGCGCGAGGCGGGCGGCGGGCGCGGCUGCUGCUGCUGCUCCUUUUCUGGCUCUGGCUCCUCUUGCUGGCGGCGCCCGGGGCCUGGUCGGCGCGGGGCCGCGGGGCCGACAAGCAGAACAGCCUCCGGAGGGCCGCCAGCGGCGUCUACCAGGGCGUCAGCGGCCUCUUCGGCGAGGAGAACGUGCGCGCCCUGCAGAAGGUGAGGCGCCGGGGAGGCCGCCGCCGCCACGACGCCUGGCCCGGCCUGGCGAGGGGCAGCCCCGUCGCUCCCGGCGGCGCGGAUUCCGGUUUAAUUUCAGCGGAUAGAAAGGGGGCGCGGGGAGCGAGAGGGGCAGGCAGUGACCCGGAGAGGCAACAUCCGUGUCCUCUGGGCUUCUGUCAGUAAGGCUAGUGGCUUGUCUCGUGGCAAGAUAAUAAUGUGUAACGGGAAACCCCCAACUAGACAGCGGCUGCAAAGAUUCUACUUGCCGAAGAAUGAGGUGGAGGGAAUGUCUGAAUGGCUUGGGGAAAUUUGGUCCAUAGCAGCCACAAUUAAGCGGACUCCUUUGCAAAAGAAUACAUAGGAAAACAGCCUGACGAACAGUAUAGAAAGAAUACGUGUAAACCAGGCAGGUGUUCGCGUGUCUUCGCGCCGCAAGGAAUUCAGUGGCGAAUGCUGCUUUCAGCCUUUCGGCCACAGUAUUUGUUUAUGAUCUUCGUAUUUGGUUCGUUUUGUAGGCUAAUAAAAUGCAGUUUGGUUUAAAAUGGUAGCAGUAGUGAUGGGUAGGGGUGAGCGGUAGGGGUGAUUAUUGGAGUUGGAGCUUGUCCUUGGCAGAAUAUAGUAAAAAUAGGACUGAGGAAUUGGAGUAAGGAAUAAGAAUGCCUAUAUGAUACCAUCACUGAUAAAAUAAUUGACUAAUAGCAAUGGGAAUAAGGAAUAAUGAACGAAGAAAGGACCAGGAAUGUUUUUCAACCUUGUUGUUUUCACAAAAUAAUAAUUGGAGUAGGCAAUAGGAAUGGAGUUAUGGCCCUGUGGUUUUGACAAAUGAAUUGAACUGAAAUAGGAAUGGUGAGACUUAAAUAUUCAUAAGAAAAGGGCUUGGGGGGGUCCUGAAGGGAUGUAAGGUGGAUUAACAGCCCAGCCCUAUCUCCUAUACCUGUAUACCUAGAAGAAAGCCCUGUUGAGUUCAAUGGGACUUGCACUGCAGCCUGUGUAUGUAGCAAAAAUCAUAUUUUCUGUUGGACUUUGACACGGCAGCACAAAUAUUUGAAAUUAAUAAUUAAUGUCUUUAUUAUAUGAUUUAUUAACUGCUUAACCUAUUUUUAGUUGUGUGUCCGUAAGGGGAAUUUUAAGUAUUUUUAUUUUUAUAAGUUUUGUUGCUGUCCAAAACAUGUUUUGUGAGCAGCUUAGAAGAAUAUAAGACAUAAUCCUAUUUUUUAAUGAGACCUCUGGCUUUGACAAACACUCAGAACUGAAAUAAAUAGCAGUAGUAAUAAUUUUAUGACCUUGUGGUUUUGACAAAUAAGUUAACCUGAACCAAUUAUGAUAAUGAUUUUAGUAAGUGCAUUUAUAACAACAGUAGGGGGAAGGGGGCAAGAGAAAAAAGAGGAAUUGACACUGCAAUCCUAUACAGAGGUACCUUGGUUUUUGAACGUUUCGGAAGUCGAAUGUUUCGGUUUUUGAACAUUGAAAACCCAGAAGUAAAUGAUUCAGUUUUCGAUCAAGCCUCGGAAGUCGAACAUGCUACAAGGGUGAGUGCAAGAUCUGGAGACCUAGCUGUUGCCUAUUGAGUCUUGGUUUUCAAACGUUUUGGAACUCAAACGGUCUUCCGGAACAGAUUAUGUUUGAAAACCGAGGUACCACUGCAAUCCUCAGAAGUAAGCUCUAAAUAGCUGUGCAUAGGAUUGCAGCCUGAUAAAUGAUAAAUAAUAUUUUCUUAGUGACCUCUAGCUUUUUACCUAAACGGAUCUGAAAUGAUUUCAGCAUGGUGCCUUCAAUAGAUUAAUUGAGCUGAAAUAUUUGUUGUGAAGUGCAUAAGACAACUAGAUGUUCUACACAAUUGACUGUACUAAAUAAAUAAAAUCCAAUGAUUUUAUCUGAAUGACUGCAGUCCAGUCUAAUAAACAAAUCAAUAUACUGUAAUAAUCUCUUAUAAAAGGUGGGAAGGAGAUGCUAUGUGUUUCUACAUUGAAAGUGGUCAGGACUCAAGACCUGGUAAAUGGUGGACCUUACAAGCCAACUUCUGCUGGGUCACCAGCUGGUUGCAGGUUUGUUUGUUUGUUUGUUUUUUUGGUUUUUUUGCAGAAGAUUGUAAAUUAUUUUUUUUCCAAGUGAAUUUUUAUUGUUUUCCUUACAUAUUCAGAAGAUUGUAAAUUAGGCAAAUUUCAAUCUGAUUGAGCAGAAUAUAUUUAAAAAUCCAUUCAAUUGGUGCAGCUUUUCUUCACCUCUUUAUAUCAAGCUACACCUGUCAAAAAGUCCUUCUCGCAGACAAAUAAUCUUCCACUGGUUUGACCCGCAUAUUGGUUGGCUGUCAAAAUUCCUUUUCCUAUCCAACUCUUAUGGUGUAGGGGCACUGUCCUUCCUUGAAAUUCAUGGGAGCGUGUUAGUGGGACAUCUCUCUGGGCUGCAGAGACCAAAGAACACAUUACUCACAUAUUCAUAUUGCAGGAGCCCAGUGUUCUUUUCCCCCCUCUGCUGGAAGAGCUCAUUGGGGUUUGAGUGGUGGAAAGCAGAUAAAUAACAGUGCAGAAGUGGCCAUUUUCCCUGGCUUUGAAACCUGGGGAGGAGGAUUCAAAAUGGGAAAACUGAGGAAGAUUUUGGUAUCCUCCCCUGCCUCAUCCAUUUGCCUCCUCCCAGCAGCUUCUCUAGGAGAAAAUAUAUCCCUUAGACUACGGUUAUGGGUGGUUGCAGGGCCGUCUUUAGCAUAUGUGCCGCCGGGGUGCAGAGAUCCACCCAGCGCCCCCAAAUUUAAUUUAGCCCCCAAAUUAACUUUUGUUAUGCUUAUGUCAGACACCACACUUAUGCCUUAUGUCUUGUUUACAAAAGAAGGGAGGAAAAAGAAACAAACUUUUUUAUUUGCUCAUUUAUUUGCAAUACACUUAUACUCAAGUAUACAAUACCACCACACUUAGAUUUAUAAGUAUUGUUUUGGCAUCUACUUAGGAGAAACAUCAGUCGUGUCAAAGGUGCUGCUGACCCCACUGCUGCAUAGUAGCGCAGCUGCGGCAGCUCAAUACAAUUUGCAACACAAUAUUUUGAUGUAAGAGUUAAUUUCGUGUGCACGGCGCCAUUGAGAAUGACAAGCGCCAUCGUUGAGUCUGAAGCGCCGCCAUUGUGAAUGACAAGCGCCACUGCUGGUCUGGCGCGUCUUUGGUAAAUGAGCGCACAAAGUCGAAAGUCCUUUAGUGAAACAGUAGUUAUACAUUUUGGUAAUAUCUAGGUAUAUAUGUAUUUUGUUUUUCUAGCUUGAUCAAAAUUAUUUACUAUUUUGUAACAGGUAGAUAGUUAAGCGCUUAGGCGGCUUCAGUGGCGGGUGCCCGCUAGAAUUCAGCGCCUGGGUGCCCCACACCCCUUGCACCCUGGGUAAAGACGGCCCUGGGUGGUUGCAUCCAUGACAUAGUCUUAGAGAUUGAAUUGUGAAAGGCAGACAGUAUAGCUUUGUAUCAAUUCUCUGUAAGAAUGGAGAAUGUAGAUGCAGCUUUUCUCAGCAAUGAUUGCUGAAAUUCCUUCCUGGGCUGCUACUUUAAGGAACCAAUGGAAAUCUCUUUAACUGGAAUGUGCUUUUUUUAAGUGAAAUUGCACAUAAAGGUUUCUCCUCCUUCAAUUCCUUUUCCAUUUUUGUCAUGCCUUUUAGGUUGUAAGCCUAAAAGGGGGGACUUUAUUAUCACUGACAAUUUUUGUAAAUCAUUCUGGGGGACCCCCCCCUUUUAUUUGCUGAAGGGCAGGAUAUACUAAGUCCCUUAAAUAAAUACAUAGGUGGAGGCAUUGAACAUCCAAGCCUGCUGCACCUAUAAGAAAUGGAAGGAUUCCUUUGAGCUUGAACCUGGAGGACAGGAAUUGAAGUGUUUCGGACACUAUGGAAAAAGGGAACCCCAACUAAUGACCUUGCCUCAAUCUAGAAGACUUGUUUCUGUCUUUGACAUAUACCCACACUAUUUAUAUUUUUGCUCCUUGGCAGUACUUGCCUGACAUCCUGCCAAAGCAGCACAGAAAUUGAUGCUUUUCCUUUCGUGACCUCCCUUUCUGCGUGAAGGUGCUGUUUGACUGCAAAGCUUAGCAUUGAAGCCGAGAUGCUGUCACCAUCUCUUUCUCUUGUCCACGGAAACCACAGCAGAAAGGUCAUGUUUCCAAAAAUGAUACCUCUUUAUGGGGAAGGGAAAUUAGAUAGGCGGAGGGUAGUGUGUAUAGGAAAUAUUAUGAAAUAAGGGAUACUUUUUAUCCUUUAAAUGAAAUUGUGCUUAUUGUUACGUGAGGGAACACACUGGUUCAUUUUCCUUCAGUGCCUUUAGAAAAAUGGACAAUGUGCCGCCUCCCCUUCCUAUUCCUCAUAAGCUGAUACCUGAGAGUCUCUUCAAAGUGCAGGUCUUGAAAACCAACUCACAGAAUCAUAGUUACAGGUAGGUAGCCGUGUUGGUCUGCCGUGGUCAAAACAAAAUAAAAAAAUUCCUUCCAGUAGCACCUUAGAGACCAACUAAGUUUGUUAUUGGUAUGAGCUUUCGUGUGCAUGCACACUUCUUCAGAUACCUGAUAUCUGAUGCUCGAAAAUUAAACCCAGAAAGCAAGAUUUUGUUGGAGUUGUCCUAUUUCUUGCUGCUUCUGAAGAAUUGCUUAUCAGGCCCACAUUGAUUUAUUUCUCUGCCAAGGAAUUCUUGUGUAUUAAUCCCAUGUAAGGCAUUCUGCCAGUUCUUGUGGGGUACUAUCCAGGCAUCUCUUCUUGGGCAACUGAGUCUAUACACAGAAUGUUCUAACACUUCCCUGUGAUUGUGCAUUGCAGGGGAGCGUCAGAAAUGGUUGGGCAGGGGGAGCUUGUUAGCCAUAGCUGAUAAUUUCACCAAGGAGCCCCAGGAUUUAAAAAGCUCUGCUCUGUAGCUUGCAAUUUCUGGCAUGUUCCAUCUGAAGUCCUGUACUUUUAUUAUUGAGUAGUUAUUGUUCAACAUGGUUAUAUUCUGCCAGUGGCAUGGGGGAUAGAUGUAGGGAUUUUGCAGCCCCUAUCCACAGGACUUUGCAGUCUUCAUAGACAGCAAAUUGAGGUGUAAUAUGGAGAGCUCAGAGAUUUUAAAAAUGGGUUGUGUGGUAAGGAUGGAGAAAGCUGAAAAUGAAGAAGGCACUAAGAGAGAGACAUCGUUGGAGGAGGAGGAGAUGCUGCAAUCCUGGGAACAUAGGAAGCUGCCUCAUAGCGAGUCAGAUUCUUUGUCCAUCUGGUGGAGCAGAACAGACUUGGGAUACAUGCAGUUUAUAAAAUGAACAUUAAAGGGUGGGAUCUGUGAUAGAGCACAUACUUUGCAUGUGGAAAGUCUGAGAUUUGGUCUCUGGGUAGGGCUGAAACGGCCUAUGUCUGAAGGCCGCUGCUGAUCUGUACACAAUUCUCAGCUGCAUGGAGAUGCACAAGUGGGAAGGAGGAGCAAACAGUAGUGGAAAUUACAGUUCAUUGGUUGCCAUCCGUCUGUCUUUGGAGACGAUGGAGGAGUGCACUUUUAAGGGCGAGGUCAAACUGCUAGAAGGUUACAGCACCUGCUGUGGCUUUAGAGACAUGUUUUGUUGCAGUUGGGGCAGAUGGAGGCAUCCGGUUGUGCUGCUGCAGAUGCACGACUUGACUGUCUCCAAGCACUGUGGUCUGCGAGGGAUUCCCACAUGGUGGGGUUGAUGAUGCCAGCCUUCAUGUCAUGUUUGCAGACAUCUUUAUAUCCCAGAGUAGAAUACGGCAAAUGAGCUAGGGCAGAAGAGGGCAAUGGAAAUUGGGUUGUGAGGGAGGAGCUAAAGGCCUCCCCUAGGUUAAAAAAUGUUUUUCCAGAUCUGGGAAAAAACUAGUUUGGACACCUUUUCCUUGUUGCAUAGUUGUUUUUUUUAUUUGCUGAGUGGGUUUUUUUUUUAAAAAAAAUAGUAACUGCCACCUGCAUCCUGAAUCGGUACCAGCUCAUCUUGGAUAUGUGGACCAGUCCAUAAUCCAGACAUGGGAAGAAUACGAAGCAUUGGAGAGUAGCAUUCUUCUGGCAUAAUUGGUUCAUCUAACAGUAACAUAGGAGUGAUAGACAUUGAAUACUUGGUUAAUUUUCACAAGGCUUUCUUCUAGCUCAUUUACCAGGGUCAUUUUAGAGCAGUAGCUAGUGUGCACAGAAGGGUUCUUUUUUAAAAAAACCACACACUCUAGGAGAGUGGUUUAAGUGAAGCAUAGUGUAGCCCUUCCAAGAGAAAUCUUGCAGAAUUGUGAUGGAAGAAGAAAGAUCAGAGGCAAGAUUUUGUGGCAUGCCGGAAGCUUACCAGCCAUUGUUAGUUGUUCAUUCAUUUAAUCUCCACCAUAGGUCACAAGAUACUGGAGACCUUGAUGACACAUAUUUAAUUCAGAAGAAUGAUGGGAGUCCAUUGGGUUGGGUUGGUAAUGAAUAAAGCAUGUUUAUAAUUUUAUUUCACUUUCCCCCACUAAUAUACUUCACAGUUUUGUGCUGUUUGCCUGAAAUUGCUGUCAUUUGCAAAAUAAAAUAGUGACAUGUGCAUAUCAUUAACCUUCCUUAAAAAUCUUGACAGUUGCACAUUGGAAUGUCAGGUAUUUCUGUGAAUGUGAGAAUCCCAAGAGUGCAUAUUUUUCAAAUUACCUGUAAUGAAUUGGUUGAAAGUUGUUGUUUCUUUUGGAAUUGUUUCAGUUGUAGACUAGAAAAAGCAAAUAUUUAAAGCCUAAUCUUAGCUUUGCUUCAGUCCAUUGUAAACUACAGAUUUCAGCAUGCCUAAGUCAUGUAUAGCAUCAAGCUGCUAAUGUGCAAAAUAUUGAUCAGUUAUUGUCUCCCAUCCCUGUGAAGUAUCUCACUUCUGGGUUCCUGUCUCAGUGGCACAUGCUAGCUUGCAUCAGGUCCUAGGUUCUGUCUAGAGCAUCUCCAUUUAAAAAAGAUCUCAGGUAGCAGGACCAGCUAAGAUUUACUUGCCUAAGAUUUGGGAAAGCAGCUGCCAGUCAGGGAACACUACUUUUGGACUAGUUUGAUCAACAGUUUGACUCUAUGUAAAACAGCUUCUGGGUUCAGCCCCAGAACUUAUUUUCAGAACUUGGGUCCAAACCUAGAAUAAGUGUGCCUCUGAUCAAGUGCAGAGAACACUUCUCCUACCACUUUCAAAUACUGUGCUUGCCUUUGCAUCUGUACAUUUGAUUUAAGGUUAAGAACUGUAUGUAAGAGCUGGGGUGAUAAAUUCUUCAAGUAUUGUAAGUGGAAUAAAACUUCUAAGGUUUCUCUCUGCUCUGUUUUUCCAGUUUUUCUCCAAACUGACCGAGCGAUUUGUAUAUGGUGUGGAUGUUCUAGUAGAUACAUUUUGGAGAAUAUGGACUGAUCUUCUGGAUGUCCUUGGGAUUGAUGGUACGUGUGAAAUGCAGAGUUGGUUUUUCCUUCAUCAGUGCUUCUGUUUAAUAAACUCAUAGGUUCUGGAACAACUUUAAGGUAGGUUAUCUAAAUAUGAAGUAGUUUUGAAGCAAAAUGGUAUGUACAGUUCCUUAAUUCGAUGGAAGAAACAUAAAUAGUUUGAUUCUCAACAGUGGUAAGUAUGGGCACCAACAUGUUAAACUUGACCUGCUAGGGUGGGGGAAGGUAGGGAUCUGGUCUGCCAGGUGGAAAGGUUCCCUUCCCCUGCUGUAAGGCGAUUGUUGUUCUCACUCAGGCAUUAACCAUGAUGGUUGAGGGUCAAAAGAGCCGAGGGUGAACCUUCACAUCUCCUUAGAUCCUGUCCACACCAUCACGCUGCGCAUGAUGAAAAGCAUCCAUAAGAUAUCUUGUUUGCCACCUUGAUCUUCUUUGGGGGAGAAGGCUGGGAUAAUAAAUAAAUAGAGAUGGAUUAUUGCUUAAGAUGCAGGAUUGAAUACAUUCUCUGAAAAGUUAGCAUAACUCAAUCGGACAUUAGGCAACAUCCUUUUUCCCUCUGAAAGGGGCAAAGGAAAGAAAACUGCCUUGUGGUUUAUUUGCUUCUUGUAAUUGCUCAAGGGAAAAGAGGAAGAAGCCCUUUAAAAACCCUUUUCCCCUUACUUGAUGAAGUAAAUUGAUGUAGUCCCUACAGAAUAAUAGUUGUGAUAAAAGUCAUUAAGAUAUAUUUAUGUUAUAUAUAAUCCCUUCUCCUAAGACAAUGCAUUUUGUAGGUGCAGUAUGUCAAAUUGUUUACAUGGAACUAUGGGGGAUUUUAAUAAUAAUGCACUGGUGUUUAAUAAUAAUGCACUGGUGGGGGAAACUUUAAUAAUAAUGCGCUGGUGUUGGGGUGGGGGAAACUUAUAGAAAGUUCAUCCGCUUCUGUCUCGGUUAUUAUACAUUCUUCUGGGUGGACCUUUCCCAGCAAACCUUUGCCCAGAAUUCCAACUUCUAUCUUCCCCUGUUUCCUGAACUUUCUCCUGGGUUGGGACAUCUGUCUUUUUAUUUUCCUCUUUUUAAAAUUUGUUUCCUGCAAGGUUUUGGUGUAUAUAAAUAAUAAUUUCUUUUGUAUCGUUGGUAAGCAUUACAGGAGGUGAGGCAGUGUAUUACUCCCCUGCUGCCAUCUUUAGAAACUACUGUAUAUGUUCAACUCUUUCAUUCUUCUGCUGAAAUAGUUUCCUGCUUUUAAAGCAUCAUUUAGGAGUUUUCUCCUUAUGCUUUUAAUUAUGGUAUUAUUCAUAGCUGUAUCUACAAAGUUAGUGAUUAUAUCAAAUAAAGCUUUCUCUGUUUGAAUUUUCAGGUUCCAACUUGACCCAUUAUUUCAGCCCUGGGUCCCUCGCCAACAACCCCACCCGUGCUCUUUUGCUGAUUGGCGCCAUCUUGCUUGCUUAUUGGUUUGUCUCUCUCCUCCUUGGGUUCUUCUUCUAUCUCCUACAUGUGCUGUGUGGCCGCUUCUUCUGGAUCGUGAGAGUCGCCCUCUUUGCACUUUCUUGUGUGUACAUCCUUCAGAAGUAUGAAGGUGAGCCAGAACAUGCUGUCCUUCCGCUGUGCUUUGUAGUUGCUGUCUAUUUCAUGACCGGACCUGUUGGCUUCUAUUGGAGGAGGAACAGCCACAGCACCCUUGAGGAGAAGAUUGACCAUCUUGACAGCCAGAUCCGACUCCUGAACAUACGUCUUUCUAGGGUGAUCGAAAACAUGGAUCGAGGAGGUGACCAAUGAAACAUGGUUUAUCUCACUUUCAACACCAGCUCUCUAGGAAAUCACCAAGCACUGUCUCUAGUUCAUGAAAAGUUAGCGAAGCAACAAGCCAACAUGGAUAAAACAAUGUGCAACAUUAAGCCGUUAAAUGUUAACAUUAGUUUAUCUAGACAAUAUACUGAAAGAAAAAAAUGCACUUGUAAGAUAAGAUUCUUUAGCUGUAUAUUCAGAGAUUUUCCUCCAUGAGUAGAAUUUUAUCCGCUUACUUUUUUCCAAGCAUUUAGAACAUAUUUUGUAAAAGGUUUUUAUAAAGGCAUAUUGAGUAGUCUAUUUAAAAUUAAUUAAAAAUUAAAAUGAGGUUUAUGCAGAUUUGACAUUUUGAAGAGAGAAAGCUUAAAGAAUUCUAUCAAAUGCUUUCGUUAUGAAAAAUGUGGGGGUCAGCUUCUCAUUUUUAUAAUUUAACCCCCCCCCCCGCUCUCACCAAUGACUUACUUUCAUUACCUCAAGUUGCCUUUUUAUAUGAUUGCAGUAGAAGGAAUUUCUUCUAAUUAGAACAGAAGAUCACACACCAUGGGUCUUAGUGGCAAAGGAGAGCAUCUGUGGGACACAAAGUGCUCUUUAAAGAAGAACUUGUGGGGUUUUCUGUGUUUUUCCCUUAGCUGGCCAAAUUGAAGCAGGGAUUGGGAACCUGUGGUCUUCCAGACUUUGGUGGGCCAUUGACCAUGAUAGUUGAGUCUGGUAGAUAUUAGAGUCCAGUAACAUCAGCAGGGCCACAGGUUCCCUAUCCCUGCUGUAAGAGUUUCUCCCAUGGACUUCAGCAGAGAGGGCAGUUCACGCAGAAGGCUGCAUUCUUGCUCCUUUGUAGUGAAUGCAGUGAAUCCCCUCAUGCAGGAUCUCCAUUAGCAAUGUGUAAAGGUGCACACCUCCAGAACCUCUUGCAAAAGCCCUCUUGCCACAAAUACAACGGGAAUUCAAAGCAUUCCUAAUACUCCUACCCAGUGGUUUUUUUGAGGUGGUAUGUGCUGGUACAGCAUACCACGAUCUCUGUUUCCCAGCCGCCAUCUUGUCACUGCUGCCGCUAGCCCACCCCCACCCCCGCUUGUUUGCUCGCUUGCUCACUCCCCACACCUGCCUGGCUUUGGGAAGGAGGGAGCAGGACACCAGGAUCCUGACAGAGCCUUGUGACUUGUGCCUCAUUCCCAAGCUGGGCAAGCGCUUCCUGGGCUUGGGGAAUGAGACACGUGGUUCUGUCAGCAUCCUGGUGCCCUACUAUCUUCUUCCAAAAGCCAGACGGACGGGCUUUAAAAAGGAAACUGGAGGGCCUUUGGACCCUGUCAGAGCCUCCUGCCUCUGUCCCAAAGCCAGGCAAGUGCUUCCUGGGCUUGGGGGAAUGAGGCACAAGGUUCUGCCAGGAUCCUGGAGCCCUGCUGCUUCCUUCCCUUAGCCCACUUGACUUUCCUUCCUCCAGCUAUUUCUAGGCAGUGAGUACCAGCACCUUAUUUUCUAGGGGGGAAAGCACUGCUCCUACCUAAUCCCCACCUAUUUUAAUGCCACUUAAGCUGGAAAUAACUAACAACAAAAAACAGCUUUAGUUAAAUAAAAGUGACUGGAAAUGAAGGCAUUGUGCACAGUGGUAGCAGUGCAGAGUUGGCCUUUGCGAUAAAAUAUUUUCCAAGCAGAAGGAAUGUUAAACAGAAAUUAUGCACCACUGUCUUUAAAAGGGGGGUGGGGUGGGGGAUCACGUCAGGACCCUCUACAUCAGGCUUCCUCAAACUCGGCCCUCCAGAUGUUACUGGCCUACAACUCCCAUGAUCCCUAGCUAGCAGGACCAGUAGUGGUUAAGGAUGAUGGGAAUUGUAGUCUCAAAGCAUCUGGAGGGCCACGUUUGAGGAAGCCUGCUCUACAUGGUUUCUUUAUUUGUUGCGGGAGCAGUGUAUAAAAUGAUAUUGCAAAGACAUUGGCUGCUGAAAUCUUUCUCAGGACCAUUAAGUGGCAAUAAAUUAAAUUAAAUAAUAACACUUUCAGGAAGAUCUGGUGCUUUUUUCACUUGAAAUCUGCUUCUUCAGAGUGGGUCUCUGAUGAGGAUGCUUGCAUUCAGACUGCUAAGAUCAUACCCAAGGGAUCAGCAAUAGUUUGUCCAAAUAAUGAUAUGGGGUUUGUGCUGUGAAACAUGCCUAUGAAAUAGUGAUGCGGCAGUCAAGUGCUCUACAAAAAAAGUGACCUUCUGUUGCCUCAGAACCAAGUUCUAUCCACUGACCCUUAGCAUUUGUUUGUAAAAAUAGUGUUUUUAAACAGCAUGCUAGACAAAAAGCAGGAAAGCUUGGAAAGUGCUUUGCCAAAUCCUGCCUACAUGUGUCCAUUCAUAGAAUGCAUAUACAGUGGUGCCUCGCAAGACGAAAAGAAUCCGUUCCGCAAGUCUCUUCGUCUUGCGGGUUUUUUCGUCUUGCGAAGCAAGCCCAUUAGAGGUUUAGAGGCUUAGCGCUACAGUAUAAGCGGCUUAGCCGGCUUAAAGAUCAGCUGAUAAGCGGCUUAACGAUCAGCUGAUAAGCGGCUUAACGAUCAGCUGAUAAGCGGCUUAACGAUCAGCUGAUAAGCGGCUUAGCAUCAGCUGUUAAGCGGCUUAAAGAUCAGCUGAUAAGCGGCUUAGCCAUCAGCUGAUAAGCGGUUUAGCGGCUUGGUAUAAUGGGGGGGGAUAUCCAAUAAAACCCGGCAGGAACUCGCAAGACAUUUUCGUCUUGCGAAGCAAGCACAUAGGAAAUUCGUUUUGCGAAGCACCUCCAAAACGGAAAACCCUUUCGUCUAGCGGGUUUUCCGUCUUGCGAGGCAUUCGUCUUGCGGGGCACCACUGUAGAACUGAGUAGGAUUUGGCUAAGCUACCCUAUUGCUUUAGCUGGAUAAUACCAGAGUUGCUAAAAGUUUUGUAUGUAAACAAACUAUACAUGAUAUAUAGAUAUUUAAAAAUCUUGCUGUUUAUGUUGACACAAUUAUUGGCAUUUCAGAUUUUGAAAACCACAAAGAGCCACCAGAUAUCAUAAAAAAAAAAAAGAUUUUGCAGCUUAUGCCUGUAAGUCAACUAUCAAUAUUUGUGUCUUCCCUCCCCAUCCCUUGCUGAUUAUUUGCUCUGGAGUAAGUGUCACAAUGGAACUUGAUUCUGAAUAAGUAUACAGAGGACUGCAGCCAGUCUCUGCAAUCAAAUGCUCUUAACUACUGUUGGAAAAAUAUACCCUUGGUAUAAAAACUGGAUUUCUUUUUAGCUGAGAAAACCUCUAUAAAACCCCUAUUACCCCUAUUGCUUAAAAUUAGUUCACCAUGGCUAUAGUAAAUGCAAGAAGAAUGUAUAUAUUUUUAUACACAAAAACAUUUCACUGUAUAAGGUUAUUGUUGAGAGAAAUACUGAUGUACAUAGUUUGCACACUAUGCCUGGACAGUAUAAGUAAAACUGGGUGUGUGUUUUCCUAGCUUCCCCCCUUCUCCAUUUAUGUAUGGUCUGUUUUUAAAAUUAGAGAGGAGCACAAACUAUUGUCCAGUGUACUUGAAAAAUGUUCUGACCAUUAUUACAAAAUGCAGCUAUUACACUUUUGAAGGUAAAUGUGAUGUUAUAUUAACAGUUUUCUCAAGUUCUAUAGGAUACAAGCAUUGUUCUUCCUGUAAUUGGCUCCUUUGUUCUGUUUCUUCGUAAUCUCAUCCCAUGGGAUGAGUCAGACUUCUCUGCUUUGUGCUGCUGCUAUAUCUAGAGGCACUUAAGAGAAGAGAAAGCACCUAUAUCCUCAUUUAACCAAUGUAUACACUGAGAGACAAGAAUGUUCAAGGGGCAAGCAGCAGAGCAAGGCAGUCAUUGGCAGGAAUAAAAUCAUAGGCUUAAAUACACAUAAUCACUUUUCAAUUAUCACGAACACUCCUUUGAUAUUGCUGCCUACUGUGAUUCCUUCAGCAUGGAUUUGGGUUAGAAUUGCUGGGCUGCCUUGCUUAUUCCUCUACUUAUUCCUUCUUCUUGCAUUCACAUCAAGAAGUUCCUCACAAAGGAGCCUAUUAGGGUCAAAAUUAAAAAUAGCCAAAACCAUAUAAAGUCAUAAUGAGUAAGUGUAGGGAGAACAUUCCAGAUGUCUUAACUAGGCUUGUGUAUGUCCUCUCUUUCCUCACCCUUGUUGCACUUCUCUGGUGUGUUAAUAUUCUUUUCCCUUCCAUGGCUGUUAAACUACAUCUGUGCUAACCAUGUGGUUCUAAGGCAUUCUUGGUUAGGGCCAAGGGAGACAAAGCACAACGCCAGGGAUGGGGAUCUUGUUGCUUGCCAGAUGUUGCUGGAGCACAACUCCCAUCAUCUCUGUCUGCUGGCCGUUCUGGUUGAAGCUGAUGGGAGCUGGAGAACAACAGAAUCUAGAGGGCCACAUGUGCUACAUCAUGGCUAAAGCAAACUGCAGAAGGGAGAGGGCAAUUCGCACCCUAGAGCAAAUGAUGAGUGAAGGCGACACUGUGGACUUCUUGCCUAUGGUUAGAAGUUUGGCCCAGUGAGACACAACACAAUGAAUGUGAAUGUGUGUUGAGCUAUUUGCACUCCCAGUGUGGAAGAAACUAUUGUGCAUGUGUCCACCUUUGAUUUCAGCUUGAUAAAUGAACUAACUUAAUUCCUUGGAAGCUACUACUUGAGAGAACCUCAUGCUUUACUCUACCAGUGGUUCACAAAUGUAGUGGAAACAUCAAUCUGUAUAUCAGCUGUGGUGAUAAAUAGAACAGAGUUGCUGUUUCCUGAAUGUACUGCUUUUUAAGAAGUGAUAUUGGAUGUUUAAGUACUGUGUACCGAAACUACUGUAGCUUAGUGGCACAUUCUGCCCUCCCAAGAUGUAAUCUGCUUAAUGUGGACAGUUCCUCUGCUUCUGCUGUAGUUUUGUUUUGAUGAAGGUAAAUAUUUGUUUCCUUGUGACUCAUGGACCAUCCCAAUAAUCUGUAUUUGGCAGCUAGUGAUCUAUCUUGACCUAUCUAUCUAUUCCCCACCCCCCUUUUGGAGAACAUGAAGUUAUAUUGUGUUCUGCAUGUGAAUUUAAACUUGGAUGAUUCCAUUGAGCUAUGAUGACAAUUGCCAUGUUAGAAAUCUUUUUCUGUUGUAAAGCAAGGGAAAAAAUGUUGAUUGUGACACUGUUUAUCAGCACUGAAUAUAGUGACCUUGUAUCCUGUUUGGACUUCUGAUCUUAAGUAUUAGGUAGUUUUAAAAAGUCUAUAUACCAAAAUUGUGUGUUCUGGUUUUUUUUGUUUUUUAUUUUUUUAAAAAAAUGGUCUGAAGAAAAUGUGUGUAUUAUUUUAAUUAUGAGCUUUAGGGAAACACUAGGUUUUGCUCACAAUAAUGUUGAGUAGCCAUAAUGAUCUCAAGUUGUUUUUUUUUUUAAAGAAACUGCUAUUCAUGUCCUUAUUUAUUAACUGACCACCAGCUCAGUGUACUAUUUAGUGGACUAUUUGUAGACUGAUUUCACAACUGAAUUAUGGUGUUGUGACCAAUUAAAAUUUAAAUGUUUACUGUAACUUUGCAAUGCAGUGGUUGGUCUUGGAAGAUUUUAUUCCCAUGAUUUUGGCGAUGC